AAAUCUAAAAGUUAGAAAAGAACAUGAAAAUGUCGAAAGCUAAAAUCUUGACCUCUCCCUCUCCUCCUUCUCCUUCUCCUUCUCCUUCUCCUUCAGCCCUAUUCCUUUCUUUUCAACCCCAAUCCCACCUCACUCUCUCUCAUCGAUCACUCCCCACUGUAACUCUCAGACUUUAGAGUGUUUGUAAAGUUGCUGAGGAAAUCAUUGAAUCGAAUAAGCGGAUUGGUUAAUGGUUGUGUUGAAGAAGCAGAAACUUUCCGUUUAUACUCUGUUGUAUGGAAGAUCGCGAUUUUGUUGUUGGCCAGGAGUUUCCAGACGUUAAGGCCUUCCGGAGUGCAAUCAAAGAGGCCGCCAUUGCACAGCACUUUGAGCUUCGGAUUGUUAAGAGUGAUCUCAUCCGUUACAUAGCUAAAUGUGCUGCUGAGGGCUGCCCAUGGCGCAUACGUGCGGUGAAGCUUCCAAAUGCUCCGACUUUCACGAUAAGAAGCCUAGAUGGAGCACACACUUGUGGGAAGAACGCGUAUGCUGGGCAUCAUCAGGCUUCUGUGGACUGGAUCGUCAGCUUUAUAGAGGAACGGUUGCGUGACAACAUAAACUACAAGCCAAAGGAUAUCUUGCACGAUGUGUAUGAGCAAUACGGGAUCACUAUACCCUACAAGCAAGCCUGGCGUGCCAAGGAGCGCGGACUGCAAGCCAUAUACGGCUCUUCUGAAGAAGGGUAUUACCUCCUUCCGGUGUACUGUGAGCAGAUCAGGAAGAACAACCCGGGAAGUGUUGCUGAGGUGUUUACCGCUGGCUCUGACAACCGGUUCCAGCGUGUGUUUAUUUCGUUUUAUGCUUCUUUGAAGGGGUUCUUUGAGGGUUGCCUCCCUAUCGUUGGGCUUGGUGGCUUUCCACUAAAAAGUAAAUAUCUUGGCACGUUGCUUUCUGCAACUUCCUUUGAUGCGGAUGGUGGAUUGUUUCCGCUUGCCUUUGGUGUUGUUGAUGUGGAGAACGAUGAGAGUUGGAUGUGGUUCUUGUCGGAGCUACGCAAGGCCUUUGAGAUGCAUACGGAGAUCAUACCCCAUCUCACCUUCUUAUCCAAAUGGCAGAAGGGUGUCGGGGAUGCUGUGAAAAGGAAGUUCCCGGCUUGCUGUCACGCCAUUUGUAUGAAACACUUGAGCGAAAGCAUUGUAAGAGAAUUCAAGAACCCCCGGCUUGUUCAGCUGCUGUGGAAAGCAGCAUACGCCACUACUGCUUCUGCGUUCAAGGAGAAAAUGGCUGAACUCGAGGAGGUCUCAGCAGAAGCAUCGAAAUGGCUACAACAAUACCCACCUUCUCGUUGGGCGUUGUUGUAUUUUGAGGGAACUCGCUAUGGCCAUCUCUCAUCCAACGUCAAGGAGUUCAACCAAUGGAUACUUGAAUCCCGGGAGCUGCCAGUGACUCAGGUGAUCGAACAGAUCCACUGUAAGCUGAUAUUGGAGUUUGAGGAGAGGCGCGCGAGGUGCAAGUCGUGGUUCUCCAUUCUCGCCCCAUCAGCGGAGAAGCACAUGAUCGAGGCCAUGAAUCGCGCUUCCACCUAUCAAGUUCUUCGAUCAGAUGAGGUGGAGUUUGAGGUCCUCUCAGCUGAGCGUUCUGACAUCGUCAACAUCAGAACGCAUUUGUGUUCUUGUCGCGACUGGCAGCUCUACGGGCUGCCAUGCUCGCACGCCGUUGCAGCCCUCAUCUCCUCCAAGAACCAUAUACAUGCUUUCACAGCAAAGCACUUUACUGUGGCUAGCUACGCUGCUGCAUAUGCCGAAGAGAUCAAUCCCAUACCGGGUAAGAUCGGCUUGAAGAAGGAAGGCGAGUGCGAGACCACCAUGGACGAUGAAACAAGGACUGUACGGCCUCCUAAGGUUAGGCGGCCUCCCGGACGCCCCGAGAAGAAGCGAAUGUGCGUGGAGGAUCUCAACCGGGAGAAGCAUACCGUCCAUUGUAGUCGAUGCAAUCGAACCGGGCAUUAUAAGUCCACUUGCAAAUCGGAGGAUUGUAAGAGCAUACAACAGAUGUAGGUUUCUCAGUUUUGUAAUUUAGGUUGAAGCUGUUCUCUUCUCUCCUGUCUCUUUCCAAAAUAGGGAGUAGUAAAUGUUUUGUAUAAUAGAAUUCUUAAUUAUUCAAGUGUGCCUAGAUUAUAAAAAGAAGUGUUGUUUGUAUGUAUGUAAAUAUAUGAACUUUCAAUAUCUUUCUUUCAACA